AUGUCUGAUAUUGAGCUCAUUUAUAGCCCCGGAGCCUGCUCCUUGGCCCCGCAUAUCCUUCUGCAUGAGAUAAAAGCGAAAUUCAACCUUCGGAAAGAACAAGUUGGCAAAUUCUCGCCUGAGCUCCUUGCUUUGAACCCAAAAGCCAGAAUUCCUGUCCUCCUCAUUGGAGACACAUUGAUUACCGAAAACCCGGCAAUCAUGACAGCAAUCUCGGGUCUUGCUCCUGACAAGCAGCUUAUGGGAAAACCAAACACCAUCGAGGCAGCGCAUGUGAUGGAAUGGCUUGCUUGGCUAUCGGGAACUCUUCACGGAAACGCCUUCGCACUCCUGCUACGACCAGCACGGUUUUCGGACAAUGCCGCGCAUCAUAAGGAGCUGCAAGCGAAGGGCAAAGCAUUGAUACAGAAUUGUUUUGAAGCUAUUGAAGGUCGACUACAGGGAGACUCGGAAUAUGCAGUUGGUAGCCGCUUUACUGCCGUCGAUGCUUUCCUAUUUGUCUUCUAUCGAUGGGCUAGGCUUAUUUUUGACUGGGAUCUGGAGGCUUUAUAUCCCAAAUACACCAGUUUGGCAAUUUCUGUGGCUGCGAGGCCGUCGGCCAUUUCAGCGCUUGCUGCAGAAGGCGUGUCUUCGACCGUGGAAGUCCAGCACACUUUGUGA